AUGGCUUUGGAGCUAUUUAUCGGCCUAGCGACAGCAUCGUUGUUUGCAAUGCUACUAGUAUGUGCCAAGAAGAAGCCACCGCCACCGAAAAGUGUCAAGAAACCGGUUGGUGCAAACAAUAAACAGUCAGUCGCUGCGAACGCAGCUCCAGCACCCGCUGAAGCUAAGCAAAAUGAUAAGCCAGAGCCUGUAAGAAUUAAUUUUGCUUUUUUCGUUUUUUCUAUUCAUUUUGUUAUAUAUGUUCAUGAUUAUUUGAUUAUGUUUUUUUUUUAAAUAUGAAAGUUUUGUUGGUUUAAAUAUUAAAGUACAGUUAUUUUUAAAUACAUAAGGUUUCAAUUAUUAUGUUCACAUUGAAAAAAAUUUAGUCAGAAGAAAAGAAAGCCGAAGAAGUUCAAAAGUCAAAGAAAGAAGAGGAAAAAGAAAAGGUGGAAGAAAAUGCUGGUACGUAAAUUUAUUAAUUUAAAAUAGCAAUUAUUAAAGGUUGUAUUUCUUGUGCUAGGUCACAUAUAUUUUUUAAAAAUUAAGAACUUAAGUCUUAAAAACAUUACCAAACUUUAAGAUAUUUUACUUAAUUAUUAUGCUUAAAAUUUUAUAGGUGGAACAGAGAAAAAAGUUGAAAAAACGCAACCACCUGAAUCGGACGCAAAGAAGAGCGAGAAGAAUUCUAAGAAGGCCAAGUCGAACAAAAGUAUGAAAAAGUCCAAGAAGUCUAAGAAGACGAAGAAAUCGUCGGAUAAAGAUGAUAAAUCUGAAAAUGACAAGGAGCCCGAGCCCGACGGGCCAAAUUCUGAAAAAACUCAGGCAUCGAAGACCAUCAAAAUUCGACAUGACGACGAUACUAUCAAGCACAUUGAGUCCAUCAAAGAAGACAAAAACAAGUCGGAAUAA